ACACUUGCGUGGCACAAACCGGAACCAAAACUAUCAUGCGUAACUUACCGAUAUUAGUUGUUUUGUAUUUUAUAGUGGCUAUUUCAAUUGUUUGUUGUGGCCGCGACUUCUACAAAAUCUUAGGAGUUAAUCGAGAUGCGACAACUCACCAAAUAAAACGGGCAUACAGAAAAUUAGCUAAAGAAUGGCAUCCUGACAAAAAUAAGGAUGAUCCAACAGCUGAGGAAAAAUUCAAAAACUUAGGAGCAGCUUAUGAGGUUUUAGCUGAUACAGAGAAGAGAAAAGUUUACGAUAGACAUGGUGAAGAAGGAUUAAGUAAACAAGGUCACGACGAUGGUUUUGAUCCAUUUUCAAAUUUUUUCGGCGAGAACUUUGGUUUCAAUUUUGGUGGAGGAAGAGAGAGAGAUAAUGAAACUCCAAGAGGCGGAGAUCUCGUAGUAGAUUUAGAAGUAUCCUUGGAAGAGUUGUUUAGUGGUAAUUUCGUGGAGAUAGUAAGGUAUAAACCUGUAGCCAAACCUACCUCAGGAACAAGACAAUGUAAUUGUAGACAAGAGAUGCAAACUAUACCUUUAGGCCCAGGCCGAUUUCAAAUGGUGCAAAAGCAAGUUUGUGACGAUUGCCCAAAUUAUAAAAUGGUUGCUGAAGAAAAACUGUUAGAAGUUGAAAUUGAACCGGGCAUGGUUGACGGUCAUUUGUAUCCAUUUGUUGCUGAAGGUGAACCACACAUUGAUGGUGAACCAGGAGAUUUGAAAUUUAAAAUUGUGCAAAUGAAACAUCCCAAAUUUGAAAGAAGAGGAGACGACCUGUAUACAAAUAUUACUAUUUCUCUACAAGACGCGUUAAUAGGAUUUGAAACUGAGAUAACUCAUUUAGACGGUCAUAAAGUUAAACUUGUUAGAGAUAAAAUUACUUGGCCAGGAGCUCGUAUGAGAAAGAAGGACGAAGGAAUGCCUAACUACGACAAUAAUAAUGUUAAGGGCACCUUAUUCAUUACAUUCGAUGUAGAAUUUCCAAAGAAGGGUUUAACCACCGAAGAAAGACAAAGUAUAAAAACAAUACUGCAACAAUCUUCAAAACAGACUAUUUACAAUGGUUUGCAAGGAUAUUAG